UGCCCAUCAAGAGUAUCGCCCAAGGAAGUCGUUUCCUUACAUUUGACACUCUCCAUCUUACCGCCUGGAGUCGCCGUGUUGAGCACAACAUUGGAAGGCUCUCAACAAAUGCGGAGCACGCUACAGUGGAGCGAUACCUCUGUCGAACGAUGUUGGCCAUGAGCUUUAAAACAGGUGACAUGUGCUUACGGAAGCCAUUGUGUGCCCUCGCUCUCAUGUUGCUUGAACCCGACGAGUACUACCAUGAAAGAAUGCCAGGGGAGGCUAUAGACCAUGACGCAGAGUGGAAGAACGAGUUGAUGGUAGCACAGUGCGCUCUCUUUGCAUCCAAGCUCUUGGCCUACCUCGCAAUACGUCGAACUCGCGCCUGCUAAAACUGCUUAGGCGUCACAUUUUGGAAGAUGGAUCUUGGAUCAAUGAAGGCCGCAAAACAAUUACUGUGCCAGCUGUUCCACUAUCUGUCGAAAUUCCCAGCCAUGUAAUCCCUUUCACAAUGCCAGCCGGAGAACCAUAGUUAAUUUUCAGCGUUGUAUACUAAUUGUUAUAAAAUAUCUUCAUUCUGCGCUUUGAUACUAUUAGGACAAUCUCUCCCAAUUCUUUUGAAGUCGUAAAAAGUUAUAAUACAUUUCUUAUCAGAUCUGAAUAUAUGUUGCAGCAAUAGAUUUAGUCUUGUAUUACUUACGAAUUCCGACUUCGAUCACAGGCUAGAAAUUCGAAUCUAAUGAUUGCAUCCCUUCUUAA